UAGACAACAAAACAAGAAUGGACAGUUCAAGUUUCGAUUUCGAAUCACUUCCUGAAGAUCUACAAAUGCAGAUUCUUUCACGGUUGCCUCUGAAAUCAUUGGUGACAUGCAUCUGCGUCUCGAAGAAAUGGGCAUCUUUAAUCCGCACAAAAGCAUUCAGAGAUCCCUACUUGCACCAGUCAAUGACAAGGCCUCGAGUGUUGUUCGUCGCCCAUGAUGUAAGAACUCAUCAAAACAAAGACGAAGCCUUGUUUCACUCUGUUUACCAAGAGGAGGAACCAUUGUUGUCGUCUGGUCAACAACAGAUACGUGCCAACGAAGCAGAGGCACCACUUGAUGAAGUUUCUCAACCCAUCCGAGGUUUGAUCUGUCUUCGAGGUGGUACUAAUGUUGUGAUUUGCAACCCAGGUGCGAAAAAGUUUCGGCGUUUACCUCAGAUACCUCAGAUCCAAAGGCCUAACGGAGCAUCCAUAACCAUAAGAUGUUUUUUCGGAUACGAUGAAUCUACAGAUGUAUUCAAGGUGUUAUGUAUUACACAGCUCGGAGAUGGUAAGCGAACUAAGGAGUUUCAUGUAUACACGGUGACGGGGGGAUCGGUUGAAGAAGACUCUCCUUGGAGACGGAUCACAUGUAACCAUGAUCAUUCACCAGUUACUCAAGGACUAUUCAAAGGAGGUUUCUUGUACUAUGGAGCUCAGUCCAAUAUAAGUGACAAAUCUCUGGUCAUGAGCUUCAACGUGAGUUCUGAAGAUUUUACAGUCAUUGAAUUGCCUGAGGAUAUAGUCCAACUUGAUCAUCGUUGGAAACUGGUGAACUACUAUAAGGAUAUUGCGUUAGUGAACGACUCUGAUUUUAAAACUGGAAUUGUCGAUAUAUACGACGAUGGCAUUGGAUGUUUUGUAUUGUGGGUUAGGAAGGAGAUAUCAGGAGACUGGGGGAUAGAGAACAUUGAGAUUCCUCAAUGGCUAGAAACUGUUGAACAUCACAUGUUUGUUUUCAAUGGUACUAUUGGAAAAACCAAACUUGUUUUCGCACCAUACUGUUCGUUAGAGGGACAAAUCUUUGUGGUGUAUUGUCAUAAAGACACAAAAAACCUCAGAAGAUUUGAGAUUGAAGGAAUGGUUGAUGGAUACUAUAAUGUUCGAACCUUCUUGAAUCAUGUUGAUAGUACUUGGCUUAUAUGAUGAAUAAGAGUUGGUUGUUCACUCUCUCAAGUCUCAACUCUCAACUCUCAACUCUCAUUGGGAUUGUUGUUAGUCUUCAUUUCUAUAUUUCAUUCUAUUGUGGUUAAUCUUUAUUUUACGCUAAUUAAUAAUGAUGUCUCUCAUGUA